GUGGUGGACCAGCUGCUGUCCGAGGAGCAGGCUCGAAGGGCCAUCAGCGAAGCUUUCGAGGGCCAGAAGAGGGCAAGCUCGUGGCCCAGCAGGACCCAGAGUUCUGUGGAAAUCGCCUCCGUCUUCUCCGACUACUAUGACCUGGGCUACAACAUGCGGUCAAACUUGUUUCAAGGGGCCCCCCAGGAGACGAAGAGCCUCAUGAAGGCCUCCUACACUCCAGAGGUGAUUGAGAAAUCAGUGAGGAACAUAGAGUGCUGGCAUGGCAGAAAGACGGAUGAUCUGGGACGGUGGCACCAGAAAAACGCUAUGAACAUGAACUUGCAGAAAGCAUUGGAUGAGAAAUAUGGAGAAAAGAGCAAAAGCAAGAGCUCGAAGUAACAGACACAACUCAGAAGAGGUGCCCUCGACUCAGAGAAAGUGCUGACAAUAAAGGCACAAAUCGAAA